AUGAAGCCGAGCAGUAUGAAGCCGAGCAGUAUGAAGCCGAGCAGUAUGAAGCCGAGCAGUAUGAAGCCGAGCAGUAUGAAGCAGACCAAGCACCAAUACCUCCUCAGCAUACAAGAAACUGCAGAGGAAUCAUUGAAGUUGUCGGCCCCCGUCUUCAACCUCAACUGCGGUGGCAACUGCGGCCUUGGUGGUGCUGUUGGCGAGAGUGGCUUUGGCGCCACUGGUGGUAACGGUGGUGGUGGCCGUGGUGGCCGUGAUAGGAUCACCAAAUCAGCAAUGAAGUGUCGCAAAUUGAGCUUGCUGUGA